AUGGAAAUAACAUUAGAUGAUGGGGACUUUUACGAAUUUGCAAAAAACAAAAGUAAUUUAUCAGAUGCUUACUCUUUUAAAAUAUAUCAGGAAUUAGAUGGAAUUGUUGUGUCUACAGAUAAUAAAAUAGAAAACAAAUGUACUUCCAAUAAUAAUAGUUUUAAACAUGUCAAUAAUGAUCUUCUUAAUAAAAUUUUAAGGAAUGCAAAAAAAUUAAAUGAAAUUCAAAAAGAAAAUAUAUAUAGGGAAUAUUGCAUAAAUUACAAAUACUGGAUAUUUAGAGAAAUAUGGAAAUUAAACAAAAAUAAUACUACUAAAUCCAAUUUUUCAGAUAUAAUAAGUGAAUUCAUUAAUCUAAGAGACUGUACAAAAAAGAAUCAUAAUAAUAUAUAUGACUGUCAAUACCAUUUUACUGUUAAAAACUUAGAUGAAUUAAAAUUUUUUAUAGAACAGAAAAAUUUGUAUGAUUAUUUUAAAAGUUAUGAUAAAGUUAUAAGUAACAUUCCUUGUGAUACUGAUAAUAACAAUGAAUAUAUUAAUUAUCUUAAAUCUAUUAGUGAAACUUAUAAUGAGCACAAUUUUCACGAAAGAUGUUGUCAUUUUGGUGCAUCAUAUUGUCCAAACUAUUUUUUGAGUUGUGACGACAAGUAUAAUCCGCGUAAUAUAAUUAAUGCACUACAGUCAAAAGAUAAAGAAGAAUGCAAUAAAAUUAAAAAUGCUAAUUUAAAUAACAAAUCUAAAGAAGAGAACUUGGAAAACUAUUCUACUCAGGUUGACAUGUAUAUUAAAUAUUUAGAAUGCGCUAAUGUAAAUAAACCUCCUUUUAAUGGAACAUCUAUUAUAUGUCAGCAUCCUGGAUAUCAUCCUAGCACAAGAAACACAUUUUUUAAAGAAAAAAAUUCAGAAAGAUCAGCAGAUAGUAACUCAAGUACAAAAAUUCAUCAAAUUGAAAUUAAUAACAAACCAUUCAACGUAGCUUUAAUUUCCAAUGAUAUAUACAGAAGUGGUAACUUAACACCAUCUUUUGCAUAUACUCCAGAAGGUAUCCAUACAUUAUUUCCUGAAAUAAUAGAUGAUAAGCGAAAAAAAUAUGAGAAUGAAUCUGAGAUAUCCUGUAAAGGGGAUCAUAUAAAUGAAACAAUGCAACUUUAUUGUGAACGAUCUAAAAUGUAUAAAAAAUUGUUGAAUGGACAUCAAAAUAAAAUUUAUAAAAACGUUUCAUUAUAUGAUAUUCUGAAUAUGAAAGAUCAAGAAUUAUAUAAUACACCAAUUUUGUUCAACAAUUUAACAGAAAAUAUACUUUUCCGUAUCAUCUUAAUGAUUAUAUUAUCAUUAGGAGUAAUUAUGGUCUUUUUCAUGUACUAUAAAGUAAAACAAUUCUCUCCUUUUGGAAGUUGGUUAAAUAAGAAGGUAAAAUAUAAGAAAAAAUUCCAUAAGAAUAAUUUUCAAUAUAAAGCUGAUAAUAUAAUAUUAAUGCAAGAAAAUAAAUAUAAGAAUAUUAAAAAUUCCCAAAUGAAUGUACGUAUUGCUUACAAUGCAACAUAA